UUCUACUUUAUUCACGUCUAUACUGUUAUCUCCCCACUAUACUUCCUGGUGAUCCAUGAGUGCGCCUUUGGACAUUUGGCGAUAAAUUGAAGGCACUAAUGAAACUUCUCCAGAAGUCGACGCACGGCAUAAGCAAAUUUGACACGCAUUUUAUCCCAUGCACUAGUUUUCAUGUAAAAAGUAACAUAACAUGUGUCGUAAACGUCAAACGUCAAACCUGUCAUUGAAUGCGACGAGCUGUCGUCUCGGCAAUGUCUGCACGUUUUGCUAUAUAGACGACAUAAGGGUGUCAAUUGAAAUAUAAUGAAGAGUAAAUGUCACCGUUUCCUCUGUAAUCCUCAGUAUUCCUCACGUAAUUGAUUUCAUUGCAGAGCUUACUAAUAAAGUAUUCAAUGCGUCAAGAUCGGGUUUCCCUGCCCGGAUCAACUAUGUCAGUAAUAGUAUUUGUAUUCUUGAUGUUACCUUGUCACUGGAAUGACAUUGCUGAAAAAGAAUGCAGAGAGGCCAGCUGAGGGACAUUUCGUCCUGGAUGGCUCGUUUGCUCCCAGAGCCAUCCGACGGAAGCAAUCUGAUGGAUACAUUUAGAAUGUUCAGCUCAAAAUCUCACUCGUCCACUAGUACAUUUUAUACAGAUUUGAUUGUUACCGACGACGAGGAGUCUACUGAUCAAAAACUCGAUGAACCACCGAUAAUACGUGAAUCUCGAUUUUUGGAGCAACAGAGUGGAACGAGCGAAGAUGGAAACUCGCAAGAUUCCGAUUCAAUAGGACCAGAGGAGCAUCAGUAUGCACGACAUUCCUUUCACAGAAUCACCAGCUUUGGUGGUUUUUCCCAAUUGCAACCUUUUAUUGUGUCAGCUUCAGAUACCACUGAAUGUGAAAAUGUUGACAAGCAAGAAGAAAUUUCAAGUGAAGCAUCAUUCAUUAAAAUGUCCCGUAGUGUUUUAGAAUAUAGAAAUAGUAGGUAUGCAGCCACAGAGAGAAAUUCACACCAAUUCAAAUUAAAUUCAUAUACUGUUAGUGAGUCUGAAAGUGAAGAGGAAACCGAGGAAACUAAGUCUUCAAAGACGAAUUCAUUAACAGCCUUAAAUGAGACGGAUAAACCAGAAUCAGAGAUAAAAUCACAUUCAAAAGAAAUUUCGGAAGCAAAAAGAAAAAGGGUGCAGCGAGUAGCUGAAGAGUUACUAGCAACUGAACGCAAUUAUGUUAAUGUCCUUCACCUAAUCGACCAAGUAUUCCAAUUUAGAGUAGACCAAGAGAAUAGAGCACACCCAAUGUUCUCACAGGAGACAGUACAACACAUGUUCUCGAAUAUAAAGUCAAUUUACAAGUUCCAUAAUGAUUUUCUCCUGCCGCAGCUAGAAGAAAGAAUGCACAACUGGAACACUGAUCCCAGAAUCGGUGAUAUCAUGAAAAAUUUUGCACCUUUUCUGAAAAUGUACACCGAAUAUGUGAAGAAUUUCGAUUAUGCCAUGAACCUUAUAAACACGUUACAAAAUAAAGUUCCAAGAUUUGCAGCUAUUAUCAAUGACAUUCAGAAAUUGGAGGAGUGCGCCAAACUCUCUCUAGCUCAUCAUAUGCUAAGUCCCAUUCAGAGGUUACCAAGAUACGAACUUCUUUUGAAGGACUACUUAAAAAACCUUACUAAAGACAAUCCUGAUUAUGAGGAUACAAAAAGAGCCUUAGAAUUAGUAUCAAUAGCAGCAAACCACACUAAUGAAGCAAUGAAAAUGAUUGAUAAGUUUAAGAAGCUUUUAGAAAUUCAAGAAAGUAUAUAUGACGAUAUAGAUCUAGUCAGUGCAACACGUGAACUCGUUAAGGAAGGCCGUAUUGUAAAAAUUUCUGCAAGAAGUGGCGAUCAUCAAGAAAGGCAUUUGUUUUUGCUGAGUGAUCUACUGCUUCUGUGUUCAAUGAGACUGAUACCUGGACCUAUGUACCGUUUACGGGCUAAAUUCAUGGUUGAAAAUUUACAAGUAGUCGAAGGUGAUAAUUUAGAAACGGCUAAUACCUUUUACAUCAGGGACGAACACAAAAGCGUAGAGUUGUACACACAUCAAGCUGCUGAAAAAGCAGCCUGGCUGGAUGCUCUUUUCCAAACAAUGCGAGAAAUAACGAGGCGCAAAGCUAGUCUGAAAACUGGAACAGUUAAAACGUCAUUAGUUAAGACCGAUGAAGUGACAAAGUGUAUGGUCUGCGAAGUAUUUUUUUCAGUUAUGAAAAGAAAACACAACUGUCGAGCGUGUGGAAUUGUGGUUUGCAGCAAGUGUUCAAACCAAAAACUAUUAUUCGAAGACAAUAGAAAUAUGAGAGUAUGUAGGCUGUGCCAUGCUGCCCUAACUCAGCCUUUUAAUAAAUCCCCGUCUUCACCGCCUGGACCGGCUCCAAGUCUGCUUCAAGUUUCAGCUAAUGCUCCGUCAGUAUUGUCUAGUUAUAUGUUGCUGAAAACUCAGGCAAGCAAGCCUUGGACCAGAAGAUGGUUCGCACUUCAUUCCGAUUUCGUUCUGUACUCGUUCAAGUCAGAUACAGAUAAAUUGGCAAUGACAGCAACUCCAAUGCCGGGUUUCACGGUCACCGAGGGUACAAAUUUGCACGACGAGGAUCCUUUAAGCAUGAGAGAUCGAGAAAGAGCUUUCAAAAUCCAUCACUCUCGGAAGUACUAUUACUUGCAAGCAAGUUCGGAACAAGAUACAGAGAAGUAGGUGGGUACAUGCUCUGCAACUGGCGACAAAAGCAGAACUACCUCAAUCCGUUCAAGCCGAAGAUAAUAACGCAGAGAAUUAAUCGAUAGCUCACGCACAAUGAUCUAUAUCUUGAAUCACCCGCUAGCCAAUUUCGAGAGGAUGUAUUUGUAAUCGAGUAUCUGCCGAUGUAACAUAAUCACUAGUAAAUGUACGUAAUAUUAAUUUAUAUUAUAUAUAUAUAGUGUAAUUAAUGUACGAUCAAGUCAAUUGACUAAUGCAAUCAAAGCGCUUGUUGUUUUGUAAUAUUGUGUUAUAAUAUAUUUAAAUAUAUAUGUCGAUCGGGGAUCGAUCGCCGAGCAUUGCAUCGUGCGUAUGUAACACAGAUAUCCGUGUUUAAAAUUGAAAUUAUGGCUUACAUUAUUUAUAGUGAACUCUUUGAGUUUGGCAAUAAAUUCUUUC